AUGCCUCGCAAGAAGAAGAGCAACGGCCCGCUGCGCAAGGCUCAACUGUCGUUCCGGGAGCGGCUGCUGGAGGGCCCCAAGCACGGCGGAGGCUCUUCGAGGCCCUGCCCCGCGCCUUCGAGGCUCGCGCCUCUGCGGCCGGCCAACCGCGAGCCCCUCCCGGCCUGGGUGUCGCCCCAGUUUAAGAAGCCCGUGGGCAGUUGGCUGCCCGUGGGCCGCAAGCGGCCGCCGCAGCCCCCACGCCGCCUCCUGCCCUUCCAGCUCGGUGGCCCUGCUUGGCGGCGGUGCUCGCUGCGAAGGGCGCAGUACUGCUGGUUUCCUGCCUUGAGCUUUCAGAGCUUCCCGCCAGGGCUGGGGACAGGCCCGGGCCCCGCGCCUUCCACCUGGGCGGCCGCCGCCCAGCAUGAGGCCCCGGACCUGGAGGAGCCCGAGGAGGCUCGAAGGCCGCCGACCCUGCCACCUAGGCCCAGGAGCUGCGCCCCUCGGCGGCCAGAGCCGCCUGACCCGGAGACUCGAGGCCUGCCCUCGGCCGUGGGCGACGCUGCUGCUGCCCCGAGGAAGCAAGGGCGGGGGCGCUGUCCCAUCCACCUUACCCGGCCGCAGAUCCCUCCGCCGGGCCCGCCGCCGCUGGUCGUGGACACUCCGGAAGAGAAAUACGGGCUCAAGGUCACUUGGAGAAGACGCUACCACCUCGUCACCUACCUUCGGGAGAGAGAGAAGCUCAGCCUGAGCCAGAUUUUUGUGUCGAAAUCAGAAGAGGCUCUCAACCCCUGGAUGUGA